GCCAGUCUCAUGUGUCCGGAGAGCAGCCGGGGGACCGAUACCGGGACCACGGAGGACAACGAUGUAAUAACCUGCCUACGGGGAAGUUUCUUCCUGCCCCGGCUGCUCCGCAAUCCGAGCUGGGGACCGGGAGCUCGGGGGAAGAAGGGGGCAGGGCAGGCGCCAGUUAGUGAGUCCCGCAGCACCUUCCUGAUCCUGGCACUUCGCGGGCCGGCUUGGGGGUGUCCCCCAAUCCCUCCGCCCUCUGAGCAGCCAAUGGGGACCAGGCCAGCCCCCCGACACGCCUUGAUUUGCGCUGGUGCCAUGCAGAGAAACACCCCCUGUGCAGGUCGCAGCCUGAGCCUGGCCAUGGGGAAAUGGCAAGAAAUGACAAAGGAGGAGCUAGAGAAGCAGUAUGCCCCGAGCCGGUGGUCUCACCGCAUGGACAAGGAGGCUGUGAUAGAGGCCCAUGUCAGGGAGAUGACUGAAGGUAAAGGGAGGGCCCAGGCCACCAUGCAGACCCUGCUACGUCCUUACGGGGGUAGUGAUGGGGAGAAACUGGAUUACUUACCCACAGAUCCUUCUGGAGCUUUCCCACUCGUCCUGUACAUCCACGGUGGAUACUGGCAGUUUUUAAGUAAGGAGCUGUCAGGCUUUAUAGCGCCCCCUCUGGUGACACAGGGCAUUGCGGUGGUGGCGGUUGGAUAUGAUGUGGCUCCGAAAGGCCACCUGGAUGUGAUGGUGGCGCAGGUGCGGCGCAGUGUGGCCUUCAUUGUGCAGCAGUAUUCAAAGAUCAGCGGAGUUUACCUGUGUGGACACUCAGCAGGGGCUCACCUGGCAGCCAUGGUGCUCUCAACUGACUGGGAGGAGUAUGGAGUGACACCAGACAUAAAAGGAGCUUUUCUGGUGAGUGGAGUCUACGACCUUGAACCCAUCACGCACACCUCCGUGAACAACCUGCUCCAUAUAAGCCGGGAGGUCAGCCGGAGGAACAGCCCCAUCCUGUGCGUGACAGCAGCAAAGCCUGCCAGGAAGGCCUGUGAGGUGCUGAUCGCUGUUGCACACGACUCACCAGAAUUCCACAGACAAUCCCAAGAGUAUUUCCAGGCCUUGCGCUCAGCUGGCUGGAGAGUCUCUCUGCUGGACAUUGCUGACACCAGAUACUUUGACGUCAUUGAGAAAGGUUAUCACCAUGGGGGGCUAUAUCCUGACUCAGGUGAUUUUGAACAUGAUUUCAAGAGCAUGAUUUGAAAGUGAUGGGAGCAAAAUGGAGGCUGCAAACCACAGUCCCACUGACAAUCAGUCACUGCCUCGUCCCCGUCUGAUGCUUCCUUUUCCUGGGACAAGACUAGCAUCUCCCUUGUGCAGCCCUGUCAAAAGUGCCCCGGCUGCUUGGGACAGACAUUUGCCUUUUCUGCCCCUCCCUGACUCUCUACUUCCAGUUCUGUGCAAUCCCUGGUGCUGGCUGGAACAGAGGAGGACCAACAAAAGUGGGGCCUAUUAGAAUAUUCUCAAUGGGGCCAGUGGUUCUUGUGCCAGGUUUGCUGGGCACAUCACCCUUGUCACACGGGCUGACACCUGGCUGCAGCAUACUGGCCAGACAGUCCAGUGGGGCUCUCCCCGGCUGUCUGGCUCCACUGUGCAUUUGCCCCCUCACAAUUUCCAUGGAACUGGUUCUUGUGAAUAUUAAAUAAAAUCUGAACAUAAAUAA